UUUGUCUUUGUCACUGCCUCUGUAAGCCGGCUCUCCUCUAUGCGCACAUUACCUCAACAAGAAGCCUUUCUUCAUUAGUCUAUCUUUCAUUCCUUCUUUUUGAUCAAUUCAGUCCAAUUGAAAUGGCAUCCACUUCUAACACUAGCAGUCACUCACAGUUUGAAGAAUUUGCACCAUCUACAUCUGCUUCUGGUAGAUCUUAUGAUGUAUUUAUUAAUCAUCGCGGAUCUGAUGUCAAAAAAACAUUAGCCACUACUCUUUAUAAAAUGCUUACUAAUGGCAUGGGACUCGGUGCUUUUCUGAAUUCAGAAGAGCUUCAAUUGGGGGAUUCUUUGCCGACAGAACUGAAAGAAGCAAUGAAGAGUGCUUCGCUUCAUAUUGCUAUUUUUUCAAAGAAAUAUGCAGAGUCUCGUUUGGUGUUUGGAUGAACUGUCAUUUAUGUUCAGAACAGGGACUAGAAUUGUUCCCAUCUUCUACUAUAUUGACAUUGGAGAUGUCCGAUAUGCAAAAGGUGUCUAUGCUGAAGCAUUUGACUCGCACCAAAUAAAAGGUAGAUACAGCUCCGAAAAGGUUAAGGAGUGGAAGGAUGCGCUCUUCAAUGUUUCACAUAACAUUGGUUACAGCGUUAAUAGCAAGGAAGAUGAGGACAUGCUGCUGAAGAGUAUUACUUAUUGUGUUGUGAAAGAAAUAAAAAAAGCGUCAUUUGUGGUCGCAGAACAUCCUGUAGGUUUAGAUGAAAUUGUAAGAGAUUUUGAAUCGACUACACUUCAAUUUGACAGAAGUCAUCAGAAUGUGCAGAUUGUUGGAAUUUGGGGCAUGGGUGGUUCCGGCAAAAGACCACUCUUGCCAAAAAGUUAUAUAAUAAUAUAUAUCCAUCUAUGGAGAAGGCUAGUCUUAUAUUAGAUGUCAGAGAUGCUGCUAACAGAAACUUGUUGUGCGACAAGCAGAAAAAACUUUUGGAGGAUCUUGGUUUCAAAAGUUUAUCAGUUGACAAUGUAGAAGAGGGGAAAUCAAUUCUUGCAAACCAGUUAAGAUCCAUUCGAGCAUUAAUUGUUUUAGAUGAUGUCGAUCAUAUCGAUCAACUAAAUGCUUUAUUGCCCAGCCAAAGGUCCAAAAGUUUGAUUGGAUCAGGUACUUUAAUUAUUGUCACUACAAGGGAAUUAGAAGUCCUUAAACGUUGGAACAUCUCCUCCCACUAUAAAAUGAAACCAAUGAGUGAAGUUCAUGCCAAGCAACUCUUUUGUUCGCAUGCUUUCUUACAACCAUCUCCACUAAAUGAGUUUGAGGAGAUUGUUGAAAAGGUCCUAAAAACCUGUAGUGGGUUGCCGUUGUCUCUUAAAGUCUUAGGUGGCCAGCUUUAUGGAAACUUAAGCAAAGAUUUAUGGGAGAUUCAACUACAGAAGUUUUCUAGGAUAGUACCUGAAGAUAUCAAGAGCAGGCUUAAAAUAAGUUAUGAUGUCUUAGAUGAUGAAGAGCAAAAGAUGUUUUUGGAUAUUGCAUGUUUUUUCAUUGAAGAAAAAAAUGAUUUGGUAAUUGAAGUAUGGAAUGGAUCAGGGUGGAAUGGUUCAAAUAGUUUGGAGAGGCUGAGAAAUAAGUGCAUUGUUGAAAUAGAUGAAAGAAAUUACAUCAGAAUGCCAAUCACCCUACCGUCUUUGGUCUCCCCAGCAAAAUAUUAAAGUUCAGAAUGGAAUAGGCAUAGGAGGAAUGAUGGCCUGCUUAGUUCGAGUAUUGAAUAACUGUCUCUGGUUUAAAGUUUAUAAUGAAGAACAGAAUGGAAUAGGCAUUCGAGGAAUAAAGGCUACCUCUUCUAUGGAUUUUGGCGAUUGCUUGUCGCAUGGGGAAUUCAUGGUUAACACAAACAGAGGAAUUUGGGCCCUGGCGCCUUCUAGACUUGGACUAAAAAUUAUUGUGGCACGAGGUUGUUAUUUAAAUCAUGUAAUUGGUGAAGCAUCAAGAGAUUUGGUCUGGCUUCGCUGGUUUGAUAUGGGGCAGAGAGAUCUUCAGUCGGUAAUUCCAUUCAAAAAAUUGAGAGCUUUAGAACUCUAUGAAAAUUGGAGCCUGGAAAAUCAUCAACUACAAGAGCUCUGGGUGGCUGAGUGCGAUGCUCCUUUACAGUUAAGAGAGUUGAUUAUUUCAUAUUGCCAAGAAUUCCGGGGGUUCCCAAAGUCAAUAGGACACCUCAAGCAAUUGAAGAAAAUAGUCCUGGAUUCGACAGACCGUUUGGAAAGUCUUCCAAAAGAAUUCUGCCUACUACACUCGCUGGAGCUCCUGGAACUCAACCUAUGUACUGGACUGUUAUCACUACCUGACAGUAUGGGCAAUUUGAGAAACCUGCGGCAUCUAAGUUUAGGUGGUUGCAGGAAAUUGGGGAGGCUGCCAGAUUCUUGUAAGGAAUUGAGGCUCUUACAGCAUCUGAACUUAUCCAAUUGUCCUAGUCUCACAUUUAGGGCGGACAUCAUGGAAAACAUGUCAAAGCUAGAGUAUUUGAGCUUCACAGGCUGCUAUCAAUUGGAAGAGUUGCCUCGUCACAUCACAAAUCAGGCAUCUUUGAGAGAGCUCUAUUUAGAACAUAUGUGGAACUUAAGGGAGGUACCAGUGAAGAUCGAUCAACUGAGCAAGUUACAAAAAUUGUGUGUCGGUGGUGAUUUAUUGACAACCUUGCCGGCCUCUCUCGGAGAUUUGUCUUCCUUGACUACACUGGAAAUUACUAAUAGCACCAGCAUGGAAUGUUUACCAGACUCUUUGGGGCGCCUGAGUCUCUUAGAGAGAUUAGAGAUAGACGUUGGGAGUGAAAUCUUUACCAGAAUCAAUUAAUCAGUUGACUAAUCUGGAAAGCCUGUGGAUAUGUCGCUGUCCACUCAGCGAAUUGGAUCUUAGAGUGGGGUCUUUUAGUUCUUCCUUGUGCAAGCUUAAGACGAUAGAACUAUCAGAUAAUGAUCCAUUGUCCAAGAUCUCUAUCUCAAAAGACUCUUGCGCUGGCCUUGAGACUCUCAGAGUUGAAAAGAAUAGAAAUCUAACGGAGAUAAAAGAGCUGCCAAGUUCGGUCAGAAAUCUAGUUAUAACUAGAUGCCCCAAGUUGUCUGCGCUUCCCAGUUUUGCAGAAUUAACUUCUCUCCGAGAAUUUGAAAUGAUAGGUUGCUACCAAGUUAAGAAAAUUGAAGGUUUAAAUCAUUGCAGAGAAUUGGAGGCGCUGAAAGCAUAUACAUGGUGGGAGAUGCCGAGUAUAGAAAGCCUGGAGUACAUGGAAAGAUUGAGGGUGCUGCAUCUCACGGGAAUGAGGAAAUCAGUUGUUGAAGGUUGCAUUCAGAGCAUGGAGAAAUGGCCUGACGAAAUAAUAGUUUCAACGCGAGCAGUGCGUAAUGCAGCCUCACUUGUAAACUCCUUGGCCAUUCCCAAUCUCUGUGUCGUCGACUCCUGCUCUAACGUACAAACUGAAAGAAAUCAAGGGCCUAAAUUGGUGUUUGAGCAACCCAGCAAUGACAACGCCAUUAUUGUUUGUUUUGUUGUAAGGACUCCAGGUGGGACACAGAUGAUUGGAGUUAGUGGAGAUUCAUUCAGUACAUUAUCAUCUUUUGCGAAGGUAGAGGAAGGGACAUGGGUAUGGAUAGGUCUGUUUACACAACGUUCUAAAUGGUACAUAGCAAACGCCUACGAGGCACGUUUUUCAGGUGUGAAUGGCGUAGUGGAGAAAGGAUUGGUUGCCAUGGGAGAAGAGGAUAGAGCUAGGGAGAUUUUGCGCGCCUUACUGGGGGUGAUGGAAAUAUGAUUUUGAUACAUUGAAGUGGAUUCAUUUAAAUAAUCCUUCAUUUUAGGUAGAAUGGAGAUGAAUGAUACUAUCAAAAAGUUACUUUUUAUUGGAAUUAAUUUUCCAUUAGGGUAGCAUAUAUUAUAUCACAUGAUCAUGAAGUAGGCACUUAUUUUUUAUUAGCUAAAAGGGAUUGCUAUCAAGGAAUA